AUGAAAGCUAUACUAGCAAAAGGAAUUUUGGUCUUUUUCUGCAUUGUUGCUAGCGCUUGGGCAGAAACUGAAGAAAUCAAAAAGGGCAAUUCCAUUUUCACUCUGGCGAUGAAAAAUCGUCCCUUUCUGUCUUCUUAUACUGACAGAAGUGGCCCGACCUAUAAGGCAUUAGCCAACGAAAUAAAAUAUUCUGUCGAAACCCUAUAUUUAGGAUUGACAGGAAAUUAUACGGUUUCUCGAAUUGGCAGAGCACGGUCCGUUACUCAAGUUUCAUCUAUUCUCAGCUUUUCAGCUUAUGUCAAUGGAUUUAAGCGAAUUGCCAUAGCUGAAUACUGGAAUGCAUCAAUGAGUAAAGGUUUUAUGGGUCCUCUCAUGCUUUAUGUGGCUAAAUGUCAAUUAAAAUUGGAAUUGGAAGUUAUUAUUGCACCACAAACUGUGCCUCCUGUUACUCGAGAACCUAAUCUUAACAAUAGUAAUAGCACAAGCAUUUAUACUAACAGUCCAGACAGUGGAGCUUCUGCUGAACAAGUAAGAGUAGCAAUGCGCUAUGUAUCCAGUAUUGGCGGUGGUUUCUCUUUGGGUUGCCUAAUAAUAACCAUAUUUACCAUAGCAUUCUUCAAGCCAAUGAGAAGAAAUCAGUGCUAUCAGAUCUUAAUCUAUUUAUGUUCAAGUUUGGCAAUCUACUAUUUCGGCAAUUUCUUUGUAGUAGCUGCAAUCAUUUAUCCCAAAACUUGUACCGCAGUAGCCGUAUUUUUACACUUCUUUCUGAUGUCUGCUGUCAUCUUGAUGUUAUUAGUGGGUCUGUACUUAUGCUUCGAAUUGAUCUUGUUCAAGAAAUGGUGGAAUUCCUACGUCACUAAUAUUAUAUGUACAUCAUGUGGCUAUGGUAUUCCGGCUCUUGUGGUUAUUAUUUGCUUAAUUAAUAACACGUCAGGAUCAAUUUAUGGAUCCAAUGCGUCCGGAUAUUGUUGGAUGAAGCGCGUUUGGGCCGAUGCGACUUUUGUCUAUCCUAUGGUGGGUCUUUUGGGUGUUAAUUGCAUCUUUUUUGUAAUCAUUACAUUUAAGUUGAUCAAUAUGAGCAAUCAAGAUCGUCAAUUCCAUUUAUAUCGCAUUGUUAUUCCAUCCGCCGGUUUAAUAUUUACAUUGGGUUUGCCAUGGCUAUUUUCAAUUGUGGCCAUUCAUACUACGGGAACUACACAAAUGGUCUUCUCAGUUAUUUUUACAACAUUAUCUUCAUUGCAAGGUGUAUUUAUCUUUUUCUUCUACGUCCUCUUUAAUCGUGUGGCUCGUCAAUGUUGGAAGCAUUUAUUAUGCAACGGUCCGCUACCUACAGAAACUAGCUAUACCAAUGGCAAAUUAGUAUCCGACCACGAAACUGAAAUAGGACAAAAAAAUAAUGUGGAUUCUAUAAAGCAUCAGGAUACUACUACUGUUAGUUUAUAA